ACUACGUUUUAAACUUAUAACUCGAACGGUUAAAUCUGCAACCAUAAGAGAAACAAAGCAAAACCCAACUUUCUUUCUCUAUUUAUUUCCCAUUCCUAGUCUUGAAUUUUUUCUUUCAAGCCACUCUUCUCGAAUAGAUAUAAACUUCGAUUCAAUCCCAAUUUCCUUUGAAAAAAAAAAAAAAACCCAGAAAGAAGAUCACAAAUUUACCCAUUAAACAGUCAAAAGAGAGGAUUUUUGUUUUGAAGGAGAAUGGCAAGUGGGGAUCUAGAAAGAGGAGGAAGUAAUGGGAAGAACAGGGCAAGUAACUAUUACCAAUCAUCUUCUACAGGUCCAUACUAUGUGGAAAGUACUGAAAAGCAAUGGACUUCAUGGCUUGUCCCGAUGUUUGUGGUGGCUAAUGUUGCUGUUUUUGUUGUGGUGAUGUAUAUCAAUAAUUGUCCUAAGAACAAUCUGGGAUUUGAAGGAAGCUGUGUGGCUAAGUUUCUUGGCAGGCUUUCUUUUCAACCGUUGAAAGAAAAUCCUCUCUUUGGUCCCUCUUCUAGGACAUUGGAAAAAUUGGGAGCACUAGAGUGGAACAAGGUAGUGCAUGGCAAUCAAGGAUGGAGGCUUAUCACUUGCAUCUGGCUGCAUGCAGGUGUUAUUCAUCUGCUUGCAAACAUGUUGAGCUUGGUCUUUAUUGGAAUACGCCUUGAACAGCAAUUUGGAUUUGUGCGAGUUGGGCUUAUCUAUCUAUUGUCUGGUUUUGGUGGGAGCAUACUAUCUUCUCUUUUCAUUCAGGGUAAUAGUAUUUCUGUUGGUGCCUCUGGUGCUUUAUUUGGCCUUCUGGGAGCAAUGUUAUCAGAGCUUCUGACUAACUGGACUAUCUAUUCAAAUAAGGCUGCAGCUCUGAUCACACUUGUGGUCAUCAUUGCCGUUAACUUAGCAGUAGGGAUUCUUCCUCAUGUUGACAACUUUGCACAUAUUGGAGGUUUCUUGACCGGCUUUCUCCUUGGGUUUGUUUUGCUGCUUCGUCCCCAAUUUGGGUGGGUGCAACGCCACCAACUUCCUGCUGGUGCUCAUGAUAAAUCUAAGCACAAGGCAUACCAAUAUGUUUUCUGGGUGAUUGCUGUGGUUUUACUCAUUGUUGGUUUCACAAUGGGAUUGGUAAUGCUGUUUAGAGGAGAGAAUGGAAACGACCAUUGCAGCUGGUGCCAUUACCUGAGCUGUGUGCCUACAUCAAAAUGGCACUGUGGAAACUAGUGAGCCACUACUGUUUUCUUCAUCUCGCUUCCUGAUUUCCUUAUUUUAUUCAUUUGUUAAUUUAUGUACAAGCAUGGUUUCCGACUUUUGAGGUUAUCUUUGGAUAUCAGGAAAUUCAUUGUUAUUAUAUAGUUGACAUUUUAUACAUGAUAUAUGGAGUAAUAUAUUCUGAUUGUAUGCA